CUUAUCUAGUGACGAUAUCAGACAAUAUCAGUGUUAUUUUAAAUAAAACAAGUGCUUCCAAAAUGCCUUAUUGGUAUUAUGACAAAAAGGAUUUGUUGAAUACGCCUUCCUUCCGUGAUGGGAUAAACAACGAUGCUGAGAAUCGUUACAGAAAGGAAGGAGCGAGAUUCAUAAUCGACACAGGAUCUAAAAUGGACUUAGGUUAUAAUACUGUUGCCACAGGGGUUGUUUAUUUUCAUCGUUUUUACAUGUUUCAUUCGUUCAGGACGUUUCCGAGGUACAUAACCGCUUGCUGCUGUUUGUUUCUGGCGGGAAAAGUCGAAGAGACACCAAAGAAAUGCAAAGAUAUAAUUAAAGUUGCCAAGUCUUUGUUGACGGAACUAAAGUUUGCUAGUUUCGGUGAAAAUCCUAAAGAGGAAGUAAUGACACUCGAAAGAAUUUUGCUGCAGACAAUCAAGUUUGACUUUCAGGUCGAACAUCCCUAUGGGUAUCUGCUUAAGUAUGCUAAAUGUUUGAAGGGCGACAAGACAAAACUACAGAAGAUGGUGCAAAUGGCUUGGACAUUUGUAAAUGAUAGUUUAUGUACAACACUCUGUCUGCAAUGGGAGCCUGAAGUGAUAGCUGUAGCUCUCAUGUUUCUAGCUGGGAAACUCAGUAAAUUCGAGGUGGCAGACUGGAAUGGACGGCAACCUAAACACAAAGUGUGGUGGGACAUGUUUGUUGAGGAUAUCACUACAGAGCUAUUGGAGGAUAUAUGUCAUCAGGUAUUAGAUUUAUAUUCACCACAGACACAAGCGUCGGGGAACGACUCCCCUCCUUCUGUUCCUCAGCCUCCAAAAAACGAGAAGAAGCCACCCUCCGUUACACCGCCAGCUUCCGUAUCACCUGUCGCCGUUACCACAGCCACUAAGCCGGUGGUCACGCCCAUUAAGAACGGAGGGGAGGUUAAAAUUGAACCCCCCAAAGUUGGUAUCACCGAGCCUAUUCGGUACACGUAUCCGUUUACACCAAUACCGCAUUAUCCUCCAGUGUAUACGGCUCCGCCUCCUACAAUCCCUCCUCCUCCCAGGCUCCCUUUGGUGCCUCCUCCUAUGGUAUACCCGGACCCACCCCCGGCACCGAACAGGUUCCCUCCCGUCAACGUCCCACCCCCGAACUAUUUCACCCCCUUGCCAAACCGAGGACCUCCUCCAGGGCCACCCCCUCGGCCCUACUAUCCGCCACCCUAGCACCUAAGUUAUAGAUACUAUAAUUUUUUACUAAAAUAUAAUAAUAUAGACAGUA